UUAUAUUUGCAUAGUCAAAUUUCAAAAUUCCAUUCGAGGAAAGUCCAUAAAAGAAAGAAUUUUUCACUUGGGGCUGAUCUAGGGCUUCUAUAAAGAAAUUGCGUCUCAGUGCUGUGUGCAAGCCCAUACCCAGCGCCUCUCUCGCUUACCCGUUGGUUCACCAAUAACCCGCCGGCCGGCUGCCUGAACUCGCCAUCGGAAGUCACCUGAGAUUGUCGCAGAACGCCCGGGAAGUUGAGUUGUAAAUCUAAGAAGCCAGAAUGCAGGCAUGUUGUGGAGCUGCCGUAUCAGGGUCUCUUGAACAGCCCAUCUGGAGCAAGGGAUUGAUGUUCUCAUCAAAAGGGUCUUGGGUCAAUCGAUUCCCAUGUCAGGUUCAAUAUAAUUCAGCCAAGAAUUGCAAGUCUUCUAACAUUACACAGAGCCUGCUUACUGGGAAGCCAACCUCUACCAUGACUGUUCCUGUGCCUGAAAUUGGAGUAAAUAAAGCCAGCUUGAAAGACUCUGGCCUGAGCGAAGCUGAUCCUGAAGUGCAUGCAAUUGUUGAAAAGGAAAAGCAACGGCAGUUCAAAAGUCUAGAGCUUAUUGCCUCGGAGAAUUUUACAUCCCGAGCAGUGAUGGAAGCAGUUGGCUCUUGCCUCACGAAUAAGUAUUCAGAAGGACUACCUGGUAAAAGGUACUACGGUGGCAAUGAAUACAUUGAUGAGCUAGAAACACUGUGUCAAGAAAGGGCUCUAGCUGCAUUUCGCUUAGAUGGAAAGAAGUGGGGUGUCAAUGUUCAACCAUUGUCUGGUUCUCCUGCUAAUUUUGAGGUCUACACUGCCAUUCUUAAUCCACAUGAUCGAAUUAUGGGUUUGGACUUACCUCAUGGGGGACACUUGUCUCAUGGGUUUAUGACUCCUAAGAGACGAGUAUCGGGCACGUCAAUUUAUUUUGAAUCUAUGCCUUAUCGACUUGACGAAUUGACAGGCAUUGUAGAUUAUGACAUGCUUGAGAAGACAGCUACACUCUUUCGACCAAAACUAAUUAUAGCUGGUGCUAGUGCAUAUCCUCGAGAUUUUGAUUAUCCUCGUAUGAGGAAGAUUGCAGAUGCUGUUGGUGCUUUUCUAAUGAUGGAUAUGGCUCAUAUAAGUGGACUUGUUGCUGCUGCAGUAGUUGCUGACCCCUUUGAGUAUUGUGAUAUUGUGACUACAACAACACACAAGUCAUUGAGGGGUCCUAGAGGCGGUAUGAUUUUUUUCAAGAAGGAUCCUGUUCUAGGAGUUGAUCUGGAAUCUGCCGUCAACAAUGCUGUUUUUCCAGGUUUACAGGGUGGUCCUCACAACCAUACAAUUGGAGGACUUACUGUCUGCCUGAAGCAUGCCCAAUCCCCUGAUUUCAAGGCUUACCAGAACAAGGUGAUUGCUAAUUGCAAAGCUCUUGCAAACCGAUUGAUCGAGUUGGGAUACAAAUUGGUUUCUGGUGGUAGUGAUAACCAUCUGGUUCUUGUGGAUCUGAGGCCAUUGGGUAUCGAUGGGGCUCGUGUGGAGAAAAUCUUAGACAUGGCUUCCAUCACCCUUAAUAAGAAUUCUGUGCCGGGUGAUAAGAGCGCCCUCGUACCAGGUGGAAUCCGCAUUGGGUCACCUGCUAUGACUACCAGAGGGUUUACUGAGAAGGAAUUCAUAGCAACUGCGGACUUCAUUCAUGAGGGUGUGCAGAUAGCCCUUGAUGCAAAAGAUUUAGUUUCAGGGUCAAAACUUCAAGAAUUCAUGAAAUGUGUGUCGUCACCAAAUUUCUCUUUAAUGGAUCGAGUUUCGAGCCUACAAAGGAGAGUUGAAGCUCUGACGACUCAGUUCCCAUUGCCUGGAUUGUAAGUGGUAUAGAUGGACCCAAUAAGAAGGGAGAGAAGAUGUAAAGGGUGAGGAAAGGGAUGAGGCGCUGUUUGAUAAAAUAAGUGUUUGCAAGUGCUAAUGGUUUUGAAUCAAGUUUUGAAUUUGUAAACAAUUGAGGGGUGAGUUUGGGGACCGAUGUCUUCAGCAGCCUUGCGAUGAAAUCAAAUGAAUACAUAAUGUUUACCA